CUUGUUCUCCCAGUACCUUUUUCUAACCUCCAACAGCACUAUUCUGACUACACAAUUCCUUCUUGUCAAUUCGACGUCUCUAUUUUGUUUAUUCAAGCGCCUCCCUCGUCUUUCUGUUCCUGUUCAUUCGCUUGCAUCCGGCCGAGGGGGCUUUUCAAGAGUAAUACGUAGGCGCUAUGUCUGGCGCAAGGCAUUGGGAGCAAGACAAAGAGGCCACCGUCUACAUCGGAAACCUCGAUGAACGGGUUACAGAUAGCCUGGUAUGGGAGCUGAUGCUGCAGGCCGGGCGCAUCGUUAACGUUCACCUACCGAAAGACCGAGUCACACAGUCGCAUCAGGGCUAUGGGUUCGUGGAAUUCAUCAGCGAGGAAGAUGCCGAAUACGCGUCACGAAUCAUGAACGGAAUCCGCCUGUAUGGAAAGCCCAUCCGCGUCAACAAAGCAUCCGCCGACAAGCAAAAGUCGGUGGAGAUUGGGGCAGAGCUAUUCGUCGGCAAUCUUGAUCCUAUGGUUACGGAGCAAGUUCUUUAUGACACAUUCAGCCGCUUUGGAAACCUGGUCAAUAUCCCCAAGAUUGCGCGGGAUGACAACAACCUGUCAAAGGGCUAUGGAUUUGUGUCGUUCGCCGACUUUGAGUCUUCGGACGCGGCCAUAACCAACAUGAACGGCCAAUAUCUUAUGAACAAGCAGGUCUCCGUGCAAUACGCCUAUAAGAAAGAUGGGAAAGGUGAACGCCACGGUGAUGAAGCAGAACGAAUGCUGGCUGCACAAGCUCGCAAACAUAACGUGCGCCCACCAACCCAGCCGCUACCUCCACAAUUCUCAAACCCAGGGACACCUAUGGUGCCAGCUGCGAUGGCCAACGGUGAUAGCUCUCGGCCAAUGAGUACUAAUCCACCAGACCUAAAUAUGGGCAGAGGUAUGGCUCCUCCGAAUGUACCGUUCCAAAACGUACCUCCUCCACAAGCAAGCCGACCCGUUCCACCUACAUCUCUGGCGAACCCACCCCCAGGUUUACCAGCACGGCCGCCACCUUCUCAGGCCGGAUAUGGCGGGCCGCAGUCCUUCCUCCCACCAGGAUUCAAUGGUGCUGGUCAACAACCUCCCUUCCCUCAAGCAGCACCUCCGCCAGGCUUUGCUCCACCGGGGUUCGGUUCACCGGCAGGAACACCUGGUCCCCCACCUCCGUUGCCCCCGGGAUUCCAGCAACCUGGCUAUGCGCGCGGGCGUUGAGCAUUCUAGGCCAACUUCCUUGGCUUGAACCGAAGACGAGGGGGUAUUUGAAAAGAACAAUUUCAUCAUCCUCAACCGUUACUUGGAUUGUCGGAUAAUGACUACUCGACUUGAUGUAACGACCCACAACCGAGUAGCUGUCAAUGCCCUACGGAAGAACGAGGGCCGCGCCCGAUAUUGAACGGCUUUAGAGGCAUCAACUCACAAGAGAACACUGAC